GCACCUUUUAUCAAUACCUUGUGACCGCUGACGGUUAUGAUAUGAGCCAUAAAUACUGUUGAUUGUUCGAAUCGUUUCCACAAAAAUUAGUGUUUCGUGUAAAGAACAAAUUUUCCGGUUAUUUCGCGUUACGAAGCUGUAAUUUACUUGUUUGCCGGGCAAAUCGGUGCGUUUGCGAUACUUGGGAAAGUUGAAUAACAAUGGCGGCCCGAACCAGCAUAAUCGAUGAAAGUGCGGAUGAUGGAGUUCCAGCAGAUUUCUGGAAUGAGGUUCUUGACAGUUUCGACGUAAUUGACGACGAUGCGGAUCCGGAGGAAGCAAAAAAGGCAGCCGAAGAACGGGCUCGAAAGAAAAAGGAAGAGGAUCUAGAAAAGGUAAAAAAAUUCAACGAAGCAUGGAAUAUUGCUCCCGCUGCAGAGGCACAGGAGAUAAGAAUUGUGGAGAAAGCUCCUGAACACAAUCCGGAGCCGGAAAAGACAACUGACAUAAGAUCCAAAUCACCUGAGUGUACUAUUAUUCCGGAGGUAACCGAAGUUGUAACUGUGGAGGAUGAUCCUUAUCCUGUAUCCGAAAAUUCUGUACUAGUAAUUCCUGCGGAAGGAUUGCCGAAAGAUCCCAGAUUGAAGCGUAUUGAACAAAAUAAUCGUAUACAAAGUCCCUCUAGCCCUACACAGGAAUCAAGGCAAAUUUUUACCGAGCAAGAGCUAGGCCCUUCGCAGAGGUAUUUCGAUCGGGAGGAACAACUUCGUAGAGAACGGGAAAAUUUUGAACGGGCUAGAAGCCGGCUUAGGUCUCGUAGUCCUGGUGUUUAUAAUAGACUUUCUCUAUCAGAUGAAGAGAGUGAAAUUCACCGAUCCAGUUCAAACAACUACGGGCGUUCUCAGUCGAGAUAUCGUUCAAGAAGUCGCGAUCGGUCAGCUAGAAGAUCUCGAAGUCCGUUCAGAGCUCGCAACUCGAGACGUUCGACGUCGCGUUCGCGUAAAAUUCGUAGUCGCCGUUCCUCCAGAUCGAGAUCCAGAUCUAGAUCACGUUCACGAUCUCGUCGAACGGACGAUACCUCCGGUUCUACAGCAAUGAUGACACAAAUGACGGCGAUGAUGCAGAUGAUGUCAGACCCCAAAAUGAUGAUGCAAAUGAAUCCAAUGAUGGCAAUGAUGAUGCAGAUGAAUCCGAUGAUGGCUGCUGCUGCUGCAGCCGCCGCCCAAAAGACUACCGAAACAACCAAGGAGACCAACACAGUUGAACAAGAUAAAAAAGAUGACAUUACUGCUCUGUUGUUCCUGGAAAAUAAAAUCAAUUUGUCGGAUUAUUUAGCCUCAAGAAAUCCGAAUGAAGGAAAAAAAUCAACUCGUACCAGCACUACUGUCAUUCAACGCAUCAAGGAAGCAAUUUCUAUUCUGGACAAACAAGAAACAAAAGUACAGUCGGCACAGUUCCUCUAUGUUGCUCCGACAUAUCACACAGAUUUGAAAAAACUUGACAAUCGCUCACCAUUAAUUUGGAAUGACCAGAACGUUUUGUAUGUUUCAUCAAGCAAAUCUAAAGAUGUGGCCCUUUGCGAACCUUUCCGCAAUAUCAAUCCAAAGAUGAAACAGAUGAUCGAGCGGCUUGGUUUAGAUGAAGGAAAUAUUUCCCACCGUAUAGCGCAGCAAAAGAAGGAGAAAUCUGCGUCUGGGUGUGAUGUAGGUACAAUUCAAGCCAUCACAAUUGUUCCGGCGAAGGGAGGAGCAGCUAUGAAACGCAUAAUUGAUCGUUCUAUUCAAACGGAGGCACUCAAUUGUUUGGAUUGUGUCCAACGACGCAGUAAAACAUAUGUCUCUGUCAACACCCAAACAAUGGGUCGAUCCCGCACAGUUGACAUCAGUGUGCAAACGGACCGCGACCGCGAUGUCGAACUACACUCGAUGAACGAGCUGAAUGCGAACCAAGUCAAGAUACUGAAUGAGAUCAUGAAGUAUAUGAAGAAACGACAGGUUUCCGGAUCGAUGACUAAUCUGAUGCACAAUUUGGAGCGAGAUGCACCUGAACUUAGAAAUCAACACUUGAAUGCGGGUCUUCACUAUGUGUCCGAAAUAAUGGAACGAAACGAAAGAAAUGCCAAUCGGUACGCCGGACCAAAUCCGCUUAAUCCGGCUGUUCGAGAUAGCGCCAGUGCCAGACAUGGUGCUGCCAACGUUAGAGAUCCGAGAGGGAAAUCAUCGUUCCGCGAUGGCCAUCGUGGUGUUAAUUUUGACGAGAUCAACCAGCUAAUAGUUCCAGCCGGCUUCCGUCCCUCUCCGCCCCGAAGAACCGGAAACAACCAUAACAGACGACCAUGGUAGAUAUGACAGUUUAUUUACAGGCUUCUUUUCUCAAAAUGAAUAUAGUGAUACUUAUACAGUACAGGGUAUUCUAUGUAGGUAUCACAGUAUUUGAUGUAACCUAACAAUGCUUAUAGAAGCAUACAUUAAAAAUAUGUCGCUAAUGUAGCUUUUUUCUGCGAUUAGUGAUAUAUCACAGCUUGCAUUAAUAUUGCCUUUCGUUUGAAAAUAUGUCACCAAAUAAAUGUGUAUUAAUACA